AUGUUUCGACAUUGUAUACGAAAAUUUUCGUCCGAAGUAGUCAAGAUUAAAUUCGACAAUUUGUUCGGUUUGAAUAGUUCCAGAUAUUUUACAAGAAAGUAUAGUGAUUCUAAUAAAAAUAAAACUUCAAAUGAUGAUAUUGCAUUUGAAGCUGAAUAUUAUUACAAACAGGAUAAAGAAUUAUUAGAAAUGUUAAAACAAAAAAUGCAAGAAGAAGUAAAAUGUAUGCAAGAUGAAGUUACGUCGAUGCAAAAUAAAAUUGACGAAUAUAAUCGUACUAUUAAUGAAAAUCUUCGAUUUUUAAAAGGCCUCGAAAAAGAUAUUUCGGCUAGUGAUAAAAAAUAAAAAAAAUAUUUUUUUUAUAAUUGUUUUUUUUGAUAGUUUGAGAUAUAUUUUAAUAAUUGCUAAUAAUAUAUAUAUAUAUAUACAUAUAUAUAUUGAAUAUAAUAAUAUAUUAUUAUAUUGAAAUUAGAAACUUAUACUUGAGCAGUAUAGUCAAUGUAAUUCAAAGUUUUACAUUUUAUAAUUAAAAAAUGAAUCGUAAAUACGAUAGUUCCAAUUUUUAUUUUGAGAUGAAAAAUCUAUGUAAGUUUUUGUGAUUUUUGAAAUUUAUAUAAAUUAAGAACAUAUUUUUU